GUUCAUACAUUAUACUUUUUCAAUAAUGCCACUGAUAUUUUAAAUUAGUCGAAUGCAUAUAAAUGAUUGUACACACUAUUAUUGUGCAUGUAUGAGUGCGUGUGUGUUUUUUCCUCCGCUUUAUGUAUAGGAUUAAUAUUUUAUUAUCUCGACGUCUUUUCGCCAAAACGUCGUCCGGUCUCAGCACUACACAACUAUUAUACCGCUCUGUAUAGCGUAACGAUGCAGUUGCUGCGGCAGCUAUUUCGUUCGGAAGUUCGAUAAUAUUACAGUUGCGUGUAUUUAGUUACCUACCUAUAUGCAUUUACGGAAACUGGUGUUAAAUAAUAAUUAUAAUAAUAUAAUAAUUAAACGCGCGAACGUCUGUAUUAAAAAAAAAUCCGGAUUCCGACUACGUGAGAUUUUCAUUUACAGAUAUCGGAUAUAUACAGGUAUGCAGGUGAUGAAUCACUAAAACCGCAGACGUUCUAUGAAAUACUCACAAUAUUUUUUCUACAAGCAGUGUAUAGCAGUUAAAUAAUAAUAAUUAUUUUAGUUAUUUAUUUUUUAUUUCACUAAUUGAAAAAAAAUCAUUAUUAUUCUCGGUUUAGGACAUGAGCUCAGAGAAAAAAAUAGAAAUCAUUGAAAACGAAAGCGAUGAAAACUUACCAUUCGAUAUUUACGAUUCGGAUUAUCCGAAAAGAAUGAUUCCUUCCGAAAAUAAUAGUAAUUCUUUUAUGGAAUCGAAAUCGGCAAGACGCGUCGCAUCUAAUACCAUUGGAACUACUGCAUUGAACGAAUAUGACGUGGACGACGAAGAAGAUUUUAUAAAAGUUUAUUUUGCGUCGGGUACUGUACUGAAACCAUCUGAAAAACCGUACGACCUGCGUUCCAAAAUUCACGAAGCAAACCGAGAAUUGGCAAAUUCCAGUGAGAGUAAAUUUGUCAACGCUCCCGGAAAAGUCAAGUUUGAUAACACUGUUGUGAUAUUGGACAGUUUUGAAGACAUUGGCACAGUGUCGAUCGGAACGGAAACACUUCAAGGUGCCGAAGUUAUUAUUUCCGAUUGUCCUAUUGAUGACCUAAAAGAUAAAGACAUUUUAGCCAAAAUUGAUUUGUUACGAGAUGAUGAUGCAGACGACCAAAACGACGUGGUAUGCAGUUCGACUACCGAUAGGACGCAGGACACUGACACAGACGACAAAGCCUAUUCAAGCACUUCGUUCAGCAGGAGUUUUUCGUCCGAAUCCGACGACCCGUUGUUCAUAAAUGUUAUAGAAUCCGGGGACGAGUUCAAAACAAUAAUGGAUCGAAACAACAAGACGCGGCAAGGAUCGGCAAUUGACGAGCACGUGACGUAUUUCCCAGAAUUGUUCACUCACACGCAAUACAAAAUGUACGAAAACUGUGCGGAAAAAACAUUGGAAGAUGGUGACGUUAAUAUAUACGUGCCCAAGAAAUUGGACGCAGAGGAAUUAAGAAAUAAGCUGAAGGAAAUUACCGUAGAACAUAAACGGGUAAUGCAGGUAGCGGGGGUGGCGAAUGAAAAGAAAGUAGACUUUAAACCCUCAAAAAAAGUUGGUUGUUUCGCAUCUUUGCGAAACGCACAAAAAAAAAUCAAGCAAAUAAAAACAUCCGAAAAAAAGGCGCAAUCGUCAUCUACUCAGAUAUGUGUACAGCAGAAAAUGACCCACAGCGACAAUGGUAACAACAACAAAAAUAAUAUUAAUAAUAAUAACAAGGCUCGCGUGACAUAUUACUUUGAAAUGGACCCGAAAGGUAAGCUAAAACCAUUAAACAAUAAAAACAGUCGCCAUACAGUCGAUGAAACGAGUUCUUCGAACAAUUGUAACGACAAAUCUUCGAAUAAGUUCUUUCACAUAAACCUGAGAGCGGCGAAAAACGGCGAGAACGCUAAGCCCCGGAUCACAAAGACACCGAACGCGGAUUUGUUUCUAGAAUUUCAGACCGACAAGUCUGGCAACAAUAAGGGGGCAAAGUUGGUUAUAAAAAAAAAACACACAGCUGGGGUAGAGCUGCAACACAGUCCGACAGGUGGAGGUACUGUCAAGAAGUUAUCGGCUGCUGGUUCCGGCGAACGUCCUCGGUUGCCAGGUUACAAUGGCCUUAGAUCUGAGUACGGUCUGUCGGCCGAACAGCUGUUAGAGAGGCGCAACACGAGAAUGGAACGCGAGAGACGAAGGAAAGAGUUAAGGCAAAAAAAACACGAAGAAGAACAAAAAAAGAAGGCGGAAAACGAAAAAAAUUUCUAUAAAUGGUUACAACAAAAAAAGCAGUUAAAAAAACACGCAAAAACCAUCAGACGUAGCUAUCCUAUGAACAAACUGACAGUGUCUUCCGCAAGGGUUUCCAUAAAUUCUACUCACGACGGUGAUGGACGCAAAGGAUCAUUUGCUCUGGAAGAGUUGUUAAAGAUCAAAGAUGAGAAUAGUGGAUGGUUUAAAUUUUAAAAAAUAUCGUUAUUUUCUUAAUUAUAAAAAAAUUAUUUAAAUUUUAUCGAUUAUUACUUAUUAUUAUAUGUAGUAAUUGUAUAUAUUAUAAUAUGCAAUAAUAGGUGUAUUUAAAUGAGGUAUAUUCUGAAUAUUACUCUAUAGUAGCAAUUCUCGACCUAUUUGUAUCCCAGUAAUUUUUAAAAACUAUAACUUACCACUAAUACCACUUAAAAUAAAACACAUUUAUGAUUUAAUGAAUCUGAAUGAAAAGAUUUUAAUAUAAAAAACAAAUCAUUACGAAACCAUAAUAAAUAACUUAUGAAGUCCGUUUAUUUCAUAAUAACCAAAAGAAAAUAUACAAUUAUUAAUUUUAUAAAUGACCAAGUGAUAGUAUUCAUAUAUUACAUUUAAUACUUAAAAAUAAUUAGUAAUAAUUUAAAAAAAAAUGUAUUUAUUUAAUCGGCGUUAUUUUCACUUAGUUGUGAUAAUGUUGAUAAUAGCGCUGUUCUAUAAAAUUUAUAUUUGGACGGUGUUUAAAAAUUAAAUACAUGGAUUAACUAUAUUGAAUUACUAUAACUAUUAUUAUACUAUUACAUAUAGUAUUAUAUCACUGCCCACAACUGGUAUAAUGAUGUUUCUUCCAUUUUGUAAAUUUUUUACUUGAAUAAUGAAUAUUGAAAUUCUAAAUUUUUUAUCGCAACUUUUGAUUUAAUUUACAUUUAUAUUUCAUCGAAAACUAUUAAAUAAUAAUAAUAAUAAUGGCCAUUACAA